AUGGCUGACCCCGCGAGCCAAUAUGAUUUCCCCGACGAUGGUCCCGACGAUGAUCAGUCGCUUAUUUCGACCCGUGGUUUGGAAGCGUUCAGUAGAAAGGUAACAACCACCGCUAGCCACCUCAUGGGCCCUGUCAACGCCGACGGCGCAUCGGUACACUAUCAGGCCGCCAUGGCCGAGGUGCACAAACAACUCAAGAGGCCAACGGUUCAACGCAGCAUGUUUGCCAUGGCCAGAACUACGCCUACCGAUAUUGUUCGCUCCAAGCUCUCUCGCGCUGAAAUACAGCACCGCGCCUUGACCACCCUUCCUGAGCAUCUCCUCUCCAAUAUCCCCGACAACGACAACAGCUACUCGCUCUUCCAGGGCUUCCAAGCUAGCUUUCCUGAGCUUACAGACGAAGGCAAAAAACACCGUCGACGCGUUUCCCGAGGCAGAAAGCUACUCGAGGAUGGCACAGCCGUUUCCGAGACACAACGACUAAACCAGGCCAAAAAGGAAAAGGCCGCCAUGCUGCACGAGUUCGAUUUGCUAGCCGUGCGCAAAAACAUGGCCAGCAGCGAAAUUCACGAAAUCGACAAUAAAAUUGCCAACCUACAUGGCAUGCGCCGAAUUAUCAUGGAGAGACUAGCUGGCUUGGAGCAAGAAGAGGCCCUGCUCGAGCAUGACAUUCUCGAUGUUGAAGGAAAGGUAGAGGCCGCCCAAGCGCUUGUUGAUGAGGCCGAGGAGGUCGCAAAGAACACACCCACGAGAGAUGAAGUCGACCUCGUUGGCGAUGCCGACGACCACGACUCCGAGUUCAUGUCGCAGUCCGUCUACGACAAAAUCCCGAGCUCUGCCUCCAGCACACCGACGAAAAGACCCAAAAAGGUUCGCCGCCGCAAAUCCAUGCCCAUUCUACACGAGCAUUUCGAACCAGGCUCCAACAUCCGCGAGAUUCGAGCUCACAAGGACACAAUCACAUCUCUCGACUUUGACGCACCUUUCGGCAUCAUGGUCACUGCUGCCCUCGACGACACGGUUCGUGUGUGGGAUUUGAAUGCCGGACGCUGCAUGGGUCACCUCGAAGGUCACACGGCGUCCGUCCGCGCAUUGCAAGUCCAAGAUAAUAUCCUAGCCACCGGCUCAGUCGACGCAACCAUAAAGUUAUGGGAUCUUAGCAAAUCACGUUACGAUCCACAAGGCGCUGGUGGUCAUGGAGAAGAAGAUGAAGAUGCCAUCGCGUUUGAAAACCCCGACGACCAGUAUAUUGAACCGCCUCAGGGUAGCAUGGACGACUGUGAGCUCUUUACAUUGCAGUCUCACGUUGGAGAAAUCACAGCUCUUCACUUUCGUGGCGAGACCCUGAUCUCUGGCUCAGCAGACAAGACUUUGCGUCAUUGGGACUUGGAGAAAGGCCGCUGCAUCCAGACACUGGAUGUCAUGUGGGCAGCCGCUCAGGCCUCCGCCAACCCCAACACAUCCGAUGCUGCUUGGAGGCCAACAGGUCGCUCACAGUCCAGCUCGGCGGAUUUUGUUGGCGCCCUGCAGGUUUUUGAGUCGGCAUUGGCUUGUGGUACCGCAGAUGGUAUGUUUGACGACGUGCAUCUAGUCACCGGUAGUUUGGACAGAAGUAUACGAAUCUGGGACCUGCGAACUGGGUCUAUAUACGAUGCAUAUGCAUACGACAACCCCAUCACGAGUAUGAUGUUUGACGCAAGGAGGAUCGUUAGCGCCGCUUGCGAAGACGUUGUCAAAGUGUACGAUAAGGUAGAGGGAAGGCAAUGGGACUGCGGCGCAGGCGUCACGGCGGCCGAAGAGGGCAGAAAGACUUCGAUUGUGGAGCGUGUGCGUGUAAAGGAUGGCUACAUGAUAGAAGGUAGACAGAACGGUAUUGUAGGCGUGUGGACAUGUUAG